GUGGUCCGUGUCAGUUGCGUGACGUCCGUCGAAGCGAUCAAUAUGGACAGGAAGAGUUGCUACAUCAGGUUGUCCGUCCAACCGUCCAGAGUCCUCGUGGACGAGAAGUUGUCCAUUCUGGUGCAGAACCUGUGUCCUGGUUCCAAGGUGACCCUUCACGCCCUGCACCAGUGUGAGGGUGGACACAACUGGGAGGCGUUCGCUCACUAUGUCUCCGAUGCCACCGGAUCCAUCAGCGUUGUUGAGGAGCCCAGUCUGGGUGGAACAUAUUUGGGGGUUGAACCAAUGGGUUUACUGUGGAGCCUCAGACCAGUACCAGGCAGCCUACCUGAACUCAGGCUGAGGAAGAUGAAUGUCCAGACUCCCAUGGUGUUCAAGAUUUCUGUGUACCAGAGUCACCAGUCUGAGGGCUUCAUGGAUCAGACUCCACUGGCCAGUGUGGUGGUGGAGCGUUGGUACAUGGCGCCCGGCGUCCGGAGGAUACCAGUUACAGAGGAGAGACUCACUGCAACUCUCUUUCUUCCUCCAGGUCCUGGACCAUUUCCCAGUGUUCUGGACCUGUGGGGUGGUGCUGGACAGCUGGUGGAGUUGCGAGCGGCGCUGCUGGCCUCUCACGGUUUUGCAUCAAUGGCACUUGACUACUUGACCUGUAAAAUAACGAAGGAAACAGGAAAGGCGGUGGACAACCAGUAUUUUGAGACAGCCUUGAAACUCCUGCAGCGCCACCCGCAGGUCAUGGAGAGCAGAAUCGCCAUGUUGGGUCUGUCAUUUGGAACCGCUGUGACUCUGAAAAUGGCCGCUUACUCUGAAGCGGUCAAGCUCCGGUGUGCUGUGAUCAUCAGUGGGAGUCAUGUGCAGCCAGUUGAAGGAUCUGUGGCUGAACUUCAGGAUUAUUUUGCAAAAAACAGGAAGAACUCCAGGAUUGACGUGGAGAACAAAGUGAUCUUACGUGAUUUGCAGCUCCCAAUCCCCUCGGACCCGAGCCUCAAAGUGGACAUGGGACGGCUGCAGUGCCCUCUGUUGGUGAUUGUUGGUGAGGAUGACCAGAACUACCCUGCUGCUGAAUGUGCAGAAGAUAUGAAGGAGAUGAUGGAGCAAGCGGGGAACCACCAUCUGCUGACUGUUCUGUCCUACCCAAACACCGGUCACUUGAUUGAGCCUCCAUACUCGCCGCACUUCAAAUCUGGCAUCAUCAGAGGAGUGAACUCACAAGAGAAGCUGGCGGUACUGUGGGGCGGAGAAACGGUGGCACAUUGUCGUGCUCAGGACGACGCUUGGAGGAAGAGCCUGGCUUUCCUGUACCAGCAUCUGUACGGCUGCUCAGACACUAACCCUGCCACCUCCCCAUCACACCUGUAGUCUGUGGGGCAGAGUCAGCGAUUACUGAGCUUUUGAUAUAAUGAAUGCAGAUUAUUUCACUUUGGCAGCAUAUCAGAGAAUGUAUAAUCAGAUCCAUAUUGUCAGAUUAUAGUUGGAAUAGAACCCAAUUACAGGACACAAUUGAGUAAAAGACUGAUCAUGAUGAGGCAGAGACAUAGACUGAUUAGACAGACAGACCUGAUGAUAAACAGAUGAUGCAAAGAUGACAGAGGACAAGUAAUAUGAGACUGGACUGUGAACUCUGAAACUAUAAGAGGAGGAGAGACAUGACUUGAUCAUGAACGAAUGGCAGGAAACAACAGCUUCAGAAGACAGAAUCCAUGACAGAUAUGCACAUGUUCUCAUUACAAAAUAUGAGACAGGUGUGUGAUUACAGAUAGGACAGGUGUGUGAUUACAGAUAGGACAGGUGUGUGAUUACAGACAGAGGUGUGUGAUUACAGACAAGACAGGUGUGUGAUUACAGAUAGGACAGGUGUGUGAUUGCAAACAGGACAGGUGUG